AUGACGCCCUCCCCCUGGUGGCUCACAGUCGCCGUUGGUGCCCAGCUUGCGCGAGCAAUUCCUACCUCGGUAUCCAGUGAUGGUGUGACUUGCACCGAUGUGGUAGUCGAUUCUCCCAAUCUGUUCGUCAAUCCUUCGUGGGAAGAUGGAACAGGAGCAUGGUCAUAUGUUGUGCCUGUUUCAUUGGCAACGUCGCCCGUGAGUGACGGAUCUAAAUCUCUAAUGACCGAGUUCAACCCUGAUUUUCGACACGAAAUCUACUGUAGAAAUCCGUACAGCCAAUAUUCAUACAACAUGGUGUCGCAGACCGUGUACGGUCUUGUGCCCGGCUCUCAAUACACCGUGUCCAUCGACAUCCAGGGAGUCGUGAGCCCCAACUACGCCGUGACCGAGCAAUGCGCCUACUAUCUCUUUCACACAAGCCUGAAUACGGACAAUUUGAUAGCCCGUAACGUCCAAUCGUUCAGUAGAGCAACGAACCAAUGGCUCACGGUUGAAGGAUUGUACACCGCGAGCUCCAGCAUUGAUCUCUUUGGAUUUUACAUCUCCUGCACCCCAUAUCGCAACCCCGUCAUCUUCAAUGUGUAUCUGGACAAUGCUAAGUUGAUCGGUCCUCCAACCACCACUCAAUCCUGCACCACAGUGACUCCGACAUCAACCGCGACUCCAACUACUGCGAUCACUACGACUAGCACGCCUUCAUCGGUGCCAGUCCUCACUACCACCUCAGUCACAUCGCCAGCUUCAAGCACCUCGGUGACGAGUCCGCUGCCGGUCUCGCCAUCAUCCACUCCUUCACCUACGCCAUCACCUUCAUCAACUCCUGUUGUAAUUUCUUCCAGCACUCCUAUUGCAUCCAGCAUUCCUAUUGCCUCGAGCACUUCUGUUGCUUCCAGCACGCCUAUUGCUUUUAGCACUCCUAUUGCUUCUAGCACUCCUGUCGCUUCCCGCAGUCCCGUUGCUCCUAUUGCUUCCAGCACGCCUAUUGCCUCAAGCACUCCUAUUGCUUCUAGCACUCCUGUCGCUUCCAGCACGCCUAUUGCUCCUAUCGCCUCCAGCACUCCUAUCGCUUCCAGCACUCCUAUCGCUUCCAGCACUCCUAUCGCUUCCAGCACUCCUAUCGCUUCCAGCACUCCUAUUGCCUCAAGCACUCCUAUUGCCUCAAGCACUCCUAUUGCCUCAAGCACUCCUGUUGCAUCCAGCAUUCCUAUUGCCUCGAGCAUUCCUAUUGCCUCGAGCACUCCUAUCGCUUCCAGCACGCCUAUUGCUCCUAUUGCUUCCAGCACUCCCAUUGCAUCCAGUACCCCUAUUGCCUCGAGUACUCCUAUUACUUCCCGCACCUCUGUUGCUUCCAGCAUCCCUAUCGCGUCUAGCUCACCGAUUACCGCCAGUACUUCUGCGGUCCCCACCACACCAAUCAUCUCAGUCUCUCCUUCAGUCUCGUCGCCCUCUCCUUUGCCGUCCUCUGUGCAUGCUUCCUCAAGCAUCAUCACCACCUCUAGCUCCCCCAUCGCAAAUACAGUGACUGUGUCGAGCGACUCGGGAUCGUCUAGCAUCCCGAAUGCUUCCAGCUCUUCAGUAGUUACGUCAGCUUCAGCAACUUCUGCUUCUGCCAGUGGUAUCACUUCCGGUACAAGUGUUCAACAGACUACUUCCACUUCCACUUCCACAGGCGUGAUUUCGACCAGUCAAGGCUCAGUGUCUUUUAGCAGUGGAUCUUUGAGCGUGCCAGCUUCGUCUCCAGCCGGCGGUUCAGCUAGCAGUGUGGACACUACGGUCACUAGCACCGGCGUGGCAGUGACGACUUCAACCGUGUAUACCACACGUACAGCCACUAUCACUGCUUGCCCUUCGACCGUAACUGAUUGCCCUGCGCGGUCUCGGACUACCUACGUCACUACGGAAACAAUUUAUCUCUCCACAACGGUCUGCCCUGUGUCUGCCACCGUGACCGGUGCUCAUGCUAGCACUGCCACCGCGACCAACGUUCCAGUUGGUUUCUCCGCGGGAUCUUCUCAGCCAGGCCAGCAAUUCACCACUUCCACAAUCUUCUCGACCCGCACUGCAACGGUGACGGCCUGUCCUUCUCACGUGAAGAACUGCCCUGCCUCGGCCAAGACUACUUCAGUUGUUACGGAAACCGUGCUCGUAUCCACCACUGUGUGUCCCAUCACUGCAUCCAUUUCAUCGAUCGGGACUGGCACAGCUGCAGCACAGGCGUCUCAAACGACCUCAAUUGCACCCGUGGUCUCUGUAUCUCCAGUCUUCAGCACCCGAACUGCCACAACCAAAGCGUGCCCAACGGGCCUGACCAGUUGUCCAGCCACUGCCAUGACCACGCAGACCACGACGGAGACCAUCCUCGUCGGCCAGUCCACGUACACUUUUCCCACGAGCUCUUCCGGGUCGCUUGCCCCUAGCACGGCGUCUACGCCGCUCCACGGAUCUGUUGCCGUCUCUCCAGUGAGCAUGAACAGUCCUCCCCUGGGCGUGGGCCACCAACAAGCGAGCGCCUCCACUGCCCACGGCCAGGGUAUGCUGACCACCGCAACGCCGUCUCUCGUUCCUUCGACGACAACAGCGGUUUCUCAGACGACGACGCCCUUGUUCUCCGGUGCCGACCCCAUCAUUAGCCGCACGAGCUGGAUGCCGGCUGUUGCCUCUUUCGCUUGUAUUUGGCUCGCUCUUCUAUACCUGUGA